AUGUCCGACCCGAAAAGAAGGUGUGUACAGACAAGCAGGGAUCCUGAAGUAUGGAUGCAAUGGUUCAACGAAAUAUCAAGUGGGGAGGAAAGCCCACUCGAUGAGGAAGACUCGGAUGAAAAAGAAGAGGAUGUGUGUGUGGAAAGUGACCAUCAUGAGACAGAGUCUGAACAAGAAAUACCGGAGGUAGAUCAAGAUGAGCCUGAUUGGGAAGAAGAAACCGAUGAAGGAGAAGCUGAUACAUUUUACUGGAGAAAAGACAAAGUUACGAAGUGGAAGAAGGGUAGAUCCAACACUCAAGUGCGUACUCGGUCUCAGAACAUAAUAAAAUUGUUGCCCGGAACAAAAGGUAGUGCGCGAAAUGCCAGGAGUGAAACUGAUUGCCUAAAACUAUUUAUAAAUGACACGGUGAUAAGAAUUAUAACUAUUUCUACCAACAUAUAUCAUGAAAGUCAAAAAGCAAACUGUAUGGGUAAUGAUGAAUGUCCAUUGACAUUAGACGAUGCUGGCGGCGUUUUAGGACAUGCAUACUUUCCUGACUCUAGCGGCACCUGUAGAGAAAUCCAUUUAUAA